GACGUAUAUGUAGAUGCAUAUAAAUGAUUUUUUUACAUCCACUCAUGCAGCCAUCGUUUCUCGCGUAAAUGCAACCAAACACACAUACGCUCGACCAAAGUUAACGCACACGAUGAUUCAUAAUAGAAUGUGAGGGUAACCAAUCAUGCGGUAAUAGUCCAAACGCCCUCUAAAUACAUUAUUGGCCCUGUUUGGCACAGCUUAUUUUUAGCUUCUUCACAAAUUUAAGCCGAAGUUCUGCCAAACAGACAGCUUCUGCAGCAGCUUAUUAGUUCAGCUGAUUCUCAAAAUGAACUAAAAGCAGCCAACAAACAGAAGCUGCUUUUUACCAGCUUAUCAGAUAAGCUGCUUUUUCAACAAGCAGCAGUUGUACCAAACAAGGCCAUUGUCUGCCCAUCACAGGAAAUGAGGAAACGAAUGGGCCAGACAGAGAUGAAUCAAUGGCCUUCAAUAGUUGAUAUAACCAACUGGCUAAUGUUAUUCGGCGCCGGUAAGACACACACCAGCGUGGAGGGAAAGAUUAGACGCCGACAUGCCGAGCCCAACCAUCGUGCUCCUCCCGAUGUGGGCUACAGGCCACUUCUCCUCGAUGCUCGAAGCCGGCAAGAGGCUGCUGUUCUGCAGCGCCGGCCGCACUGCAGCAUACAGCCUCACUGUUCUCGUGACGCCCCCGCCGAUGGCCGCGUCGUCCGAGGCCAGCAGCAGCCAGCAGGCACACUGUGAGAUGAUGGCCACCGUCGACGGCAUCGUUUUCCACCACCUCCCCGCCAUCGAGCACCGCACCGACCUCGCCCACCCGUCGGAGUACAUCCGGCUCUACGCGCCGCAAGUCAAGGAGGCCAUCGCGGGUUUGGCGGCCCCGGUGGCAGCGGUCGUCGUCGACUUCUUCGGGACCCCGCUCCUCGACGUCGCCCACGACCUCGCCGUGCCAGCCUACGUGUACUUCGCGUCCACCGGCGCCAUGCUCGCGCUCAUGCUGCGUUUACCGGGCAUUCAGGAGGAGCUGGCUUCCAGGUUGCGGGAGGAGGGAGGGGUCGUUGACGUGCCAGGGAUGCCUCCGGUGCCGGUGGCCUCUAUGCCGUCACCGGACGUGAACGACUACACGUGGUUCGCGUACUACGGCCGCCGCUUCCUGGAAACCAGAGGCAUCAUCGCUAACACGGCAGCCGAGCUGGAGCCAGGCGUUCUUGCGUCCAUCGCCGGCGGCAGGUGCACGCCUGGCGGGCGUGCUCCAACGGUGUACCCAAUCGGCCCGGUGCUCUCGCCGAAGCCGCGCGUCGUCGUCGAUGCUCGGUCGUCGUCGUCUGCGCAAGAGUGCAUCCGGUGGCUCGACGCGCAGCCGCCGGCGUCCGUCGUGUUCCUCUGCUUCGGGAGCAUGGGGUGGAUGAACGCGGAGCAGGCGCGCGAGGUGGCCGCCGGCCUCGAGCGCAGCGGGCACAGGUUCCUGUGGGUGCUGCGCGGCCCACCGGCCGGCAGCGGCUCGGGGCACCCGACGGACGCAAACCUCGGCGACCUGCUUCCCGACGGGUUCCUGGAGAGGACGAAGGCCCAGGGGGUUGUGUGGCCUGGUUGGGCACCGCAGCUGGAGAUCCUCGCCCACGCCGCCGUGGGUGGCUUCGUUACCCACUGUGGCUGGAACUCGGUGCUGGAGAGCCUGUGGCACGGCGUGCCGAUGGCGCCGUGGCCGCUGUACGCCGAGCAGCCGCUUAACGCGUUCGAGCUCGUCGCGUGCAUGGGUGUCGCUGUUGACCUUAGGGUCGUCGGCACGGGAAGGGCCAGCUCCGUGGUGGAGGCAGCGGAACUGGAGCGAGCUGUACGGAGCUUGAUGGGCGGGUCAGAGGAAGGGAGGAAGGCGAAGGAGAAGGCCAGGAAGAUGAAGGCGGCAUGCCGGAAGGCCGCGGAGAAGGGCGGAUCGGCGUAUGCUGCGUUGCAGGCAGUGGUGCAGGAUAUGCUAGAAAGCCAUGUACCCGGCACGGCACCCAAAUAACAAACACCCCAGCAGAAGUGACACGAAGAUAAUAAGAUAUGAAUCUGUCAACAUGUUGGUUUUGUGUUUCUCUAUGGUUUGUACAACCGUUUCAUGGUGGCUCAGAUCUUGGUUGCUAUGUCGAUCGAUCAAGCACUAAAAAACAAUUGUAUCUUAUGAGGCCACAUACAAACAUGUUUAGUUCAGAUAUAUAUGACUGAUCACAUCCAAAAGUGUUGUGGUUUUCGUA